AUGUCCGACGAUCGUGCUUUGGUUCACUUCACAGAGGAGGUCAUCAAACGCCGGCUGCAAAUCGAUGGCGAUGGAACCGGUGACGAUAGACGCCUGAACGAUUUGUUGAAAACGUUCAUCAAAUGGUGCAAUUCAAACGAAGCGUCCGAUAACAGCCAAGCAAUCUACGACCGAUUGCUAGCCCAGCUUGCCCAGUGCGAGUUCGACAUGAAAAAAUCCGAUUUCUACGCCAGCGUUAUGCAGCAGGAGGUAAAAAAUUACGCCACCAUCUCGGACACGAUAGAGUCGGGCAUUGAAACGGCAAAGGCACAGAUCGUGCAAAGCAAACAAAAUUUAGUGCUGGCGAAAAAGAUACGCAAGAACCGGAUGGAGUACGAUAUGCUAGCGAAAACGAUAAACCAGCAGCCGGAUCGUAAAAACACGGUUCAGGAGCUGGAAUCGCUGAAACAGAACCUGGAUCAGUUGAAGGAAAGUAGAGCAGAUUUAGAGCGGAAGCUGGAAACGAAGAAGAAAGAUUUCAGUGUGCUGAUGCGCGCGAUCGCGGAACUGCAGAACAAGCUAGAUCCGACGAUGUCCGUGACGGGGACGAGCGUUUGUGAUGAUGAGGCAAUGGAUGUAGCAGCACCGGUUUCGGCCGCCGAUGAGAAGAUGUCUUGCGAUGGAGAUCCGCUUGCGCUAGAGGAGGAAGAUGAUGCUGCCAGCUCGGACAACGAUGAGGUGAUACUUUCCUCGCCCGAGAAACUGACCUGA